AUGGCUCCCGUCCGGCUAGGUUUAAUCGGGCUGUCCGCUGACGGGCAAUGGGCCUCCAUAUCCCAUCUUCCGCACAUCCAGCGGCGACCCGAUCUGUUGCAGAUCACGGCCCUGCAGAACAGCAGCAAGGCGGCGGCGGAGAGAUCCGUGCAAAAGUACCAGCUAGGCGACCACGUCGCCUGCUACGACAACCCAGACUCCCUGGCCCGCGACCCGAACGUCGACAUGGUGGCCGUGUCGGUCAAGGUGCCGGAGCACUAUCGGCUCAUCAAGCCGGCCCUGGACGCGAAGAAGGACAUCUUCGUCGAAUGGCCGCUGGCGGCGAACGUGAAGGAGGCCGAAGAGCUGACCGCGCUGGCGGCGACGCAGAAGGUCCGCACCGUGGUCGGGCUGCAGGCACGUCACAACCCCAGCAUCCGCAAGGCGAGGGAGAUGGUGGCCGGCGGCGAGCUGGGCGAGAUCCUCGGCACCACCAUGCUCGGCUCCGGCAUGGUCCUGGGCGCCUCCGAGCGCCCCGUGUAUGAAUACCUGGCUUACCUCGAGAACGGCGCCAACAUGAUCACCAUCCCCGCCGGACACGCCAUGGACGCCCUCUGCUACGUGCUGGGUGAGAUGACGGAGUUGCAGGCCCAGCUGGCGGUCCGACGACCGACCAUGGACAUCGUCGACGCUUCAGGGAAAGUCCUGCGCACCAUCGACAAGACCUCGCACGACUGGAUGUCGGUGACGGGGACGCUCGAACGCGGCGGGGGGGUGGUCACGAUGGUGUACCAGGGGGGCAGCUCGGACACGGGCAAGAAUUUCUACUGGGAGAUCAUCGGCACCAAGGGCAGCCUCGUGCUGGAGGGCUCCAACGGCCACGUGCAGAUGUUCCACCCGACGCUCAAGUUCGUCCCGGCCGGGGGCGCACAGCUGAAGGAAGUCGAGGUGGAACCGGCCCGCGACUUUGCGUACAACGUGGGCAAACUGUGGGACUCGUUCCUGGGCGAGGCAGACGGCAGCGUCGUAACUUUCCAGGACGCUCUGCUCCGGCACAGGAUGAUCGAGGCCAUCUACCGCAGCAACGAAAGGGGGACACGGGAGUCGUAUCUCUGA